GGGCUUCUUCGACGAGGCCGUGGAGGAGAUGAUCGCCUCGUCGGCUGCGGCGGUGGCCCUCCUCGGCAACGGCCCGUCCCACUCGGCGGGCCCCGUGGCCGCGAACGGGGAGGAUGUGCAGAAGCUCCCCUCCGGGAAGCGCGAGCCCACCCUGCCAGCACACGAGGGCGGCACCGUGAA